AUGAAGGAAAAUUUAAUUUUUAAUCUAUUACUUUACUCAAUAACAUUACUAUUCUACUUAUUUACUCAAAUAGAUUUAUUUUAAUUUAUUAAAUCAAAUAAUAUAAUUCAUGCUAUAGAGAAUAAACUUAAAUUGAAUUUUAAUCAAUUAAUAUAAAAAUAAGUAGUUUAAUUUAAAUCCAACAAUGCAGUUUAUGUUAGUUUUAUAAAAGAAAUAAUUCAAAAUGAAAUACAGCAUAAUCAUUAUCUUUAGAAUGAAACUAAUGCUUUGAUUUUUUUGACUAUCUUACAAAAAAUUAGUAGAGUUACUUUUAAGCUCUGUUUAUCCUCAAUAAAUUUGAAUGUUAGUAAUUGA